AUGGAGUUCCUGAAGAUAGUGGUGUUGUUGGUGGCGUUGGCCACCGUGACUGUUGCGCGGUCCAGUUUGAUGAACCGCAUGGAUGUAGCGCCGCGUGGCUGCAAGUGGCAGCGAGUGUUGGACGAAACGGGCGAAGAGGAAACGCCGGCCACGGUAACGACGGUGUUGUCCUGCAAGCUGAAGACGAUCGGCGGUACGGACACGUUGAUGCGCAACCUGUCCUCGUACCAGAUCGAACGCAUCAACUCGCUGCGGCUAGAGUGCAGUGACAUUUUGUUUUUCGAAAGUUCCCUCGAGGCGAACCAGCAUUCCGGUGCGUUUCUCGGAUCGCUGCGACGACUCCGGGACCUGAAGAUCGAGUACUGCAAGAUCAAGUACGUGCCUUCGAUGGUGUUGGCAACGUUGCGGGACCUCCGGUCGCUAUCCCUCCGCACGCACAACACCGACUGGUCGGCGAUGAAUCUGGAGUUCCACCCGGAGAGCUUCCGGGGGCUGACGGAGCUGAAGCGGCUCGACCUUGCCGACAACAACAUCUGGAACCUGCCGACGGACGUGUUCUGUCCGCUGUUCUCCCUGCGCCAUCUCAACCUUACCCGCAACCGGCUCACCGAUGUGUCCCAGCUGGGUUUCUCCGACUGGGGCAAUGGACCAACGGCACCGGGUAAGGCGUGCAACACCGGGCUGGAGGUGUUGGAUCUGUCGCACAACGAUCUGCUUGCCCUGCCCGACAAUGGUCUGUCGUCGCUCCGGUCGCUCAGCGUGCUUAUGCUGCAGGACAACCUACUGACGGCUCUGGCCGACCGUUCGUUCGUUGGGCUCGGUUCCCUGAAGGUGCUGAACAUGUCCAGCAACAAGCUUGUCGCGUUACCGCCAGAGACGUUCCAGUCAACGCGCGAACUGCGACAGAUCUAUCUCCAGAACAACUCCCUGUCGGUGCUGGCCCCGGGAAUGCUCGAGGGUCUCGACCGGUUAGAGAUCCUGGAUCUGUCCUACAACGAGCUGACGUCCGAGUGGGUGAAGCGCAACACAUUUGCCGGCAUGAAGCGGCUGGUCGUGCUGGAGAUUGCCCACAACGCGCUCACCAAGAUCGAUCGGCACGUAUUUCGGGAGCUGUACAGUCUGCAGAUUCUGAAUCUGGAGGCGAAUCAGAUCGAAUCGAUUGCGGACAAUGCGUUUAGCGAUCUGAAGAACCUGGUUGCGCUGACGCUUUCCCACAACCGGUUGAAACGCAUCGAGCAGCACCACUUCUCGGAGCUGUACGUGCUGAACCAGCUGUACAUUGAGUCGAACAUGAUUGAGUCGAUGCAUGGCCGCGCACUCGAGAACCUCACCAACCUGAACGAUCUGAACCUCAACGAUAACCGGCUGACGGAAAUCCCGGAGGGAUUGGGCAAGCUCCGUUUCCUGAAGUCACUCGACCUCGGCAAGAACCGCAUCAGCUCGGUCAGCAAUGCGUCGUUCGAGGGUCUGGAGCAGCUGCUCGGCUUGCGGCUGGUGGAGAACCGCAUCACGAACAUCUCGCGCGAUGCCUUCGUAACGCUGUCCUCCCUGCACGUCCUGAAUCUGGCCUCCAACCAGAUCCGCCACAUCGACCAGUCGGCGUUCAGCUCGAAUCCGACGAUAAGAGCGAUCCGGUUGGACAACAACGAUCUGGAGGACAUUAGCGGCGUGUUCACGUCCCUGCCGGCGCUCGUCUUCCUGAACGUUUCCGACAACCAGAUCCGUCUGUUCGAUUAUUCCCAUUUCCCGGUUUCGCUCGAGUGGCUCGAUAUGCACCAGAACAACAUCACGGAGCUGGGCAACUAUUACGAUCUGAACAACCUGCAGAUUAAGAUGCUGGAUGUGUCCUUCAACCGGUUGACCUCCGUCGACGCCAAAUGCAUUCCCGACAGCAUCGAAACGCUGUUUCUCAACAACAACGCACUGGAGGAGGUGGCGGUCGGCACCUUUCUCUCCAAGCGCUCCCUGGAGAAGGUGGUGCUGUACGGCAACUAUCUGCGGAAGUUGGAGAUUGGUGCGCUAGCGCUGACACGCGUCACCGAUGACCGUGAGGUGCCCGCCUUCUACCUGGGCGACAACCCAAUCCACUGCGACUGCACGAUGGAGUGGCUGCAGGGCAUCAACAAGCUGGCCCAUCUGCGGCAACAUCCGCGCGUUAUGGAUCUGGACACGGUGCUCUGCACGAUGGAGCACGAACGGGGGGCCAGCAUCCGGCCGCUGAUGGAUCUCCGGCCGCACGAUUUCCUGUGCCGGUACGAGACGCACUGUUUCGCCACUUGCCACUGUUGCGAGUUCGAUGCGUGCGACUGCAAGAUGACGUGUCCGGAUCGCUGCAGCUGCUACCACGACCACGCGUGGAAGGCAAACAUUGUGGACUGUGGCAGUGCGGACUACACGGAGGUGCCGGAGCACAUCCCGAUGGAUGCGUCUACGAUCUAUCUGGAUGGGAAUGAGUUGCGCCAGCUGGCCAGCCAUCAGUUUAUUGGGAAGAAAAAGCUGGAGGUGCUGUAUCUGAACGGGAGCAACAUCCGCGACGUACACAAUCGCACCUUCAACGGCAUUCCGAGCCUGCGGGUGCUGCAUCUCGAGAACAACUACAUCAACGAGCUGCGCGGGUUCGAGUUCGAUCAGCUGACGAACCUGAACGAGCUGUACCUCGACCACAACACGAUCGCCUUUGUCGGUGAGCGAACGUUCGAAAGUUUGCGGUUCCUGGAGGUGAUCAACCUGAGCGACAACCGCAUCAGUGAGUUCCGACCGUGGCAGGCGUUUGCGGCGGCCAGUGAGACCGGUUCACUUGCCCGGGUGUCGUUGGAUGGGAACCGGUGGCGCUGUGACUGUGAGUCUUUGCGCCGGCUGCAGCGUUGGGUGCGCGGUAUCACCGGGAACUUCGAUCUACAGCGGAUGAUCUGUGCGGAUGGUCGAGUGGUGGCGGACGCUGUUGCGUCCUGCGAUAGUCGGCAGCCGGGUGGGUCGUUCGGGGCGGAUGCUGGAGCGGGCGAGGUGGACGGUGAAGGUCCUCCAGCCGUCCAUCGGACGGUUCUGCUCGGCCAUGGACUGAUCGGGGGCGGUUACGUUCCACUGCUGGCUGCCAUUCUUGUUGCCAUCAUCGGUACGGCGCUCAUCGUGGCGUUGGCGUGUGUCUUCCGACAGGAUGUGAGGCUCUGGGCCCACGCACGGUACGGUGUGCGGUUGGUGAAGGAUCCGAUUAUUGUGGGUGCUGGACGCAAGGAGGCGGAUUCGGACCGCCUAUACGACUGCUAUCUGGUGCACAGUGUGCACGACAGUGACUUCGUCGGGCGACUCCUCGGUGCUGAGCUGCAACUGCACGGAUACUCCGUGUGUCUUCACCAUCGGGACGUACACCCCGGUGCGUUCCUGGCCGACUCCUUACAGGGUGCGGCUGAUGCUGCCCGCAAGCUCCUGCUGGUCGUCUCCAUGAACUUCCUGCAGACCGAAUGGUCCCAGCCGCAGUUCCGCGUGGCGCUCCAGUCGGUCAUCGAGAGCAUCCGGCCGGCACACCGGCGGCACAAGAUCGUGCUCGUGCUUACGGCACCGGUCGAGAUAGUGGCGAUGGAUCCCAUCAUGCAUCUGCUGAUCCGCACCUGUACCGUCGCGUGCUGGGGUGAGCGCAAGUUCUGGGACAAGCUGCGGUACGCGCUGCCGGACGUGCCAAAGGACCGCGUACCCACCAAGCUCGGGGACAUCACGCGCAGCCCGGCCAAUCUGCGCUACACACCCGCCCCGACCUCGCUCGAGCAGUGGUGCAAGAUCAGCCCGAGCGAGGGUGGUGGUGGUGCGGGCGGGGUAGUAGUACCGCCCGGUGGGCCCGUCCCGGUUCCGGUGGCCAUCCCGCAGAGUACGCCAUCGCAGAGCACCUGCAACACGGAGGACGAAUCGUCGUCGUCCGCAUCCUCGCAACACUACGAGGCUCCGAUGAGUCAGCACUACAACAUGAGCCGUUCCAGUGCCUCGCUUGGUCACGUGUACUCCACGAUACCGGAGACGCCCCAGAUGGGGCGCAACGGAAGAGCUUAUUUCGUGUAAAAAAAAACAGAGGGAAGUUAGCGGACGCGGUACUUUUUAUUCCUAUUUUAUGUGUAUGUUUUUUUCCCAAAAAGAAGAAGAAUGCGCGUUUGUACAUAAUUACUAUAUACACACACACACAGACAUAGAAAAUACGCAUAUACGAAUACGAAGUUGCGAUAAGGUUAGGAAGAGAUACUUCAUAGUCAGACGAAAUAAUGUUUUGCAGUCAACCGCGCCCCUAAGGGAAAAGGGCAGUCAAUUUUGUUGAUUUUUAGUUUUAAACACCAUUUUGCUUAAUAUAAGAAGCAAGCACACAAACUCGCCUAACUCGUUAACAGAUAAUUAUGAUCUCCUUGGCCACGUGGGGAGUAAGAGGAAAACGUGUCUUGUUCGGUGAGUUAAAAGGGAGUUGAGAGGAGGGAUCGCUUCUCUGGUUAUAAUCUUCCCCGAAUCUUCUCGUGUGGUGGUGUUCGGCAAACAACCUUUCCAACAAUAAUGCCUAGAUGUGUUACUCAUUUAUAGCGUCCCCCUCCCCCCACUGCUCUGAUUUGCCAAAUAUGUAUUUCUAUGUAUUUUAUGGGAGGGGGGAGGGCAGCCGAACUAAUGCGAGGAAGAAUCUUAAAGGACCAGAUGAUGGUGGAGGAAAAAAGGCUUUAGAGAGCAGGGUUAGAAGGUGUGUGUGUGUGUCGUCUGUACGUCUGUGAGAAGAGUUAUAUAGGAGUAAAAUAUUAUAUAUAUGACUUAAAUGAUCGUGAUACUAGUUUUUACAUGGCCUUCCAUCAGAGAGAGAGAAAGAGAGAGAGAACGCUCCUUCGUGGCACGGUUCAUCGAUGUUAGAGGGGUUCCGAUGCAAGGAUGCUGGCUUUAACAACACGCACACACACUAAAACCACAUCGUAUUAAGCACCUAACGUUAAGUAAAUAAGAAAAUGUAUAAUUGUACUUUAUGUGGAACCCCCCCCCCACCAUGGGGUCACCGGUCUUGGCGCGAAACGUCGAAUGUACUAGAGAAAUUGUUCUAACUUUGCCCAUUCACACAACCCAAAACAGCCCCCACAACUUCUGUUUUGUCUGUCGCCCGGUAAUUGUACUCUCCUGUUGCGUCAUUACGUGGUGUGUGUGGUAAGAACUAUUAGCCUCCACACACACAUUAGAGUGCGUUGAGUUUGGUGCCAUUUUGUAAGGGAAAAUUUGGAAGAAGAUAGAAACUACAUCACGCUAAAACAGAACUGACCAAGAAGGAUAAUGGGAGAAGGGAGGAUGAACUUAAGGACAAAAUAAGAAAACAGAGUCUGAAGCUUCUAUUGUGCGGGAAAAAGCAUUUCAUAUUAUUGCCAUAGGACAGUGUGCAAAACAUUACAGGAAAAACAAAAAAAAAGAAACAAAACAAACUUAAUGUAAAUUAAUCGAGUUACCGAACGGAUUUUAGCUACAAAGUAACAAAAACAAAACCCCGAAACACAAAACAAACAAACACACAAAGCGCACACGCAGAAUAAAAGAGCAAAGGACAAAAUUAUAUAAUUUACCCCCAAGAUGAAAACGAGAUAUAACGUGCGAUAACCCUAACCUCCUGCCCCUGAAGAAAUGAAGUGUAAAUGUGGCGUUAAAGGGUUACUCGCUCUUGUGGAAGAAAUAGACGAAAACCUCAACACAACAACCCCCCCACAGCAGACAAAAACAGAAUCAGUGCAAAACAAAGAAAAACCGGGCACUCCAGGUAAAACUCGCGCUCCAAUUUGUACAUUUCGACUAGAGGAUAAUAAUUUAUUACAAAACAAGCGCGUCGAGAGCCGGAGAUAUAGCGGAAGAGAAGAACACGCAAGUGAAAAAGCGCAAAACGGUUCAGAAGAGAUAAAUAGAGAAGUGCAAAGCAAAAACUAGCUAGAACGAAAGGUGAAAGCAUUACAACACAACAGCAAAAAAACCAGGAGAAGUUAAUAACAAUGCGAGAAAAAAAAACACGAAAACAUACAAAACACAUACAGAACAACAAAAAUCGAAUGAAAUACAAUUUUGAAUUCACGAAAAA